CUUUGGCAGGGUUUGUUAACUUGAGUUAUGUUAACGAGGUCUAUUAUAAGAACAGCCCAAAUAUCAAAACAUGUAAGCAUGUUGUAAAUAAAUAAAAUAAACUACAUAUAAGACUCCCUCCUUUUUUUUUUCUCUUUUCAUUUACCCAUCUGGUAGAGUCGUUAUUCUUCAACGAUUGCUUUAAGGGAAUCAUUACAAAAAAUAGAUCGCUACAAUUCUGAAAUUAACGCAUUUACUUCAGUUAAUAGCAGAGCUCUAUUAGAACAAAAAGCAGAAGAGUCAGAUAAAAGACAUUUAAAUGGAACACCUUUAAGUUCAAUUGAUGGAACAGCUAUUGCGAUAAAAGAUAAUAUUUGUACUCGAUUUUUACCUACUACAUGUGCUUCGAAUAUGUUGAGAGAUUUCAAUUCGCCUUAUGAUGCUACUGUAGUCGAGUUAUUAAACAGAGCUGGUGCAUUAAUUAUUGGAAAGACAAAUAUGGAUGAAUUUGGUAUGGGCUCUCUAAAUAUACAUAGUGCAUUUGGUCCUGUUAUCAAUCCAUUAAGUUACAAGGAAGAUGAUAAAAGAUCUGCAGGCGGUAGUUCAGGUGGAAGUGCAGCCAGUGUUGCAAUGGGCAUGUGUUUAGCUGCAUUAGGAUCAGAUACAGGUGGAUCAGUUAGAAUGCCUGCUUCUUAUUGUGGUUUAGUUGGAUUUAAACCUAGUUAUGGUCGUUGCUCUAGACAUGGUUUAAUUGCUUAUGCUAACUCAUUAGAUACUAUUGGGAUUUUAAGUCGAACUGUAGAGGACUGUUCAAAUGUAUAUGAUAUCAUUUCGAAAUAUGAUGUUCGUGAUCCUACUUGUAUGCCUGUUGACUUGCGAAAUAAAAUAGAAGAGAAUGAAAUUGAACUUUUAUCUAGAUUUCAAAAUAGUGGAAAUUUAAAGGGAUUAACGAUUGGAAUUCCUCAAGAAUUCUAUGUUGAUUCAUUGUCAAAUGAAGUAAUUGAAGUAUGGCGUAAAGGAAUUCAACAUUUACAAAAAUUAGGUGCAAAGAUAGUUUCAAUAUCGAUACCUCAUAUUUCUUUAUGUUUACCUGCUUAUUAUACAAUUGCACUUGCAGAAGCAAGCUCAAAUUUAGCAAGAUAUGAUGGGAUACGUUAUGGUCAUAGAAGUCCUGAUAAUGUAGACCAUCUAUUAUAUGAAGAUACACGUACAGAAGGAUUUGGUGAAGAAGUUCAGAGACGUAUUUUACUUGGAACUCAUGUAUUAACAGCAGGAACAUAUGAAGCAUUAUUUUUGCCAGCACAAAAAAUUAGAAGAUUAAUUCAGAAAGAAUUUAAUCAAGUAUUUAAACAACCUAAUUUAUUAUAUACUGAUGAGUUAAAUCAAACUUCAGCAGUAGAUAUGCUAUUAGUGCCAAGUGCAACAUCACCUGCACCCAAGUUAUCAAAAUAUAAUUCAGUCGAAUAUAUAGAUGAUGUGAUGACAUUACCUGCUAAUCUAGCCGGUCUACCAGCCAUUACUGUACCAUUUGAGACUCAGUUAAAGUAUCCUAUUGGAUUACAACUAAUAGGUCAAUAUGGUUAUGAUCAGUUCGUUUUACGAAUUGCAAAAGAACUGGUUAUGAAAAUAUAACACGUUUUCAAUUCCCACAACAAGCAAUUUGUAAUAAUCAAGCCUCUUUUUUUUUUAAUUUUUUUUUAAUAUUUAUUUUUAAAUAAAAACGAAUGUGGCUAAAACCAAG